AUGUGGCACGGCGCGCGGGUGCUCCUACUCGCGGCGCUGGGGCUGCUGGCCGUUCCUUCGGUCGCCGUCCCCUUGAAGAAGUACAACAUUACAGUCGGCUACCUGCCCUCCAUCAAGGGCGAGCAGAGAGACAGGCAGGGUCUCGCUAUAUCUGGCGCUCUGUCUAUGGCGCUAGAAGACAUCAACAACAGCACACAACUGCUUCCUGAUGUUCGUCUGUUGUUGGAAUGGAACGACACCAAGUGUGACGAGGUGACGGCCACUCGUCUGUUGACGCACAUGAGCUGUUCAGGGGUCGUGGCUUUCUUCGGACCAGAGGGACGAUGUCAGACUGAGGCCAUCAUAGCUCAGUCUAGAAACCUGCCAAUGAUCGCUUACAAAUGUUCUGACUAUCAAACAUCGAAGUUAUCUACAUUCGCAAGACUCGAACCGCCUGACACUCAGGCUACGAAAUCCGUGAUAUCUUUAUUGAGGUACUAUAGAUGGAACAAAUUUUCAAUAUUGUACGAAGAGUCGUGGGUGACUGUUGCUCUGACGCUGGAGAACCACGCGAAGAAGAACAAUAUGACAGUGAACCACCAGAGACCGGUCAUUGAUGGGUUCAAGUGUUGUGAAGAGAAGAUGGCCUGCUGUGCUCCAGGGUUCUGGUACCAAUUCAUACAGGAGACCAAGAAUAGGACUAGAAUAUAUGUCUUCUUGGGAUCGACUGCUGGUUUAAUAGAAAUGAUGACGGCCAUGGAGUCUCUGCAGCUGUUCGUGAAAGGAGAAUACAUGGUCAUAUUCGUAGACAUGAUGACAUACAGUCCCAAGGACUCGCUGAAGUAUUUGAUAAAGACCGAGGACCGUGGUUCAAAGCUAGUGUGUCACAAUACUCCGGAGUUUCACAAGCGGGCGCAGUCAUUACUCGUGGUGGUGUCUUCGGAGCCGGAGGGUAGCUAUGAAUACUUUACGAGUCGUGUGAGGAUCUACAACAGUAUGAAACCCUUCGAGUUCCCCCUACCAGCUGUCUUCACACAUAGGUUCAAUAAGUAUGUUUCCAUCUACGCGGCGUAUUUGUAUGACUCAGUAAAACUGUACGCGACGGCACUACACCAAAUCAUAGAAGAGGAGACCACGUACAAGAAUGAAACGCUUACUUAUGAAAAAUUACAAAGUAUUGUUACAAACGGUACACAUAUUGUAGCAAAAAUGAUUUCAACCACACCAUUCAAUAAUUGUACGGGAACUCGACCAUUCCGAAAACCCCACAAGAACGGGAACUAUGAAUAUAAAUUGAAUUCCAAACUACCAAUCGACUGGCCGGACAGCGUGAAGCCGGAAGAUGAGCCCUCCUGCGGGUUUCUCAACGAGAAGUGUCCCAAAGACGAUUCACAAAUAACAUCGUUAGUAGUGGCCGGGACACUGGGAGUGACUUUGUUCUGCGCCUUGGUGGUCACUAUCAGUAUAUACAGGAAGUGGAAGAUAGAGCAGGAGAUCGAAGGGUUACUGUGGAAGAUCGAUCCACAAGAUAUAGACGGAUACUUGGGCAGUGGACUCAUCUGUUCACCGAGUAAGUUAAGCGUAGCCAGCGGCAUAUCAUACGAGAGCAAAGGUUGGACGCAAAUCUUCGCGCCGACGGCACAGUAUAGAGGGAAUAUGGUCAGGAUAAAAGAACUGAAGUUUACUAAGAAAAAGGACAUCUGUCGCGAGGUGAUGAAGGAGAUGCGCCUCCUUCGAGAGCUCCGUCACGACAACCUCAACUCAUUCAUCGGCGCUGUAGUGGAGCCGCUCAGGGUGUUGCUCAUCACUGAUUACUGCGCAAAGGGUAGCUUGUAUGAUAUAAUAGAGAAUGAAGAUAUCAAGUUGGAUAAGAUGUUUAUAUCUUCAUUGGUUCAUGAUCUCAUUAAGGGUAUGAUUUUUAUUCAUUCCUCGCCGUUAGUUUUCCACGGGAAUCUCAAGUCCUCGAAUUGCGUUGUUACUUCACGUUGGAUGUUACAGGUAUCUGAUUUUGGUUUGCAUGAAUUGCGAUGUUGUGCUGAGAACGAAUAUAUUGGGGAACAUCAAUACUAUAGAGGUCUGUUAUGGAAGUCUCCGGAGCUUUUGAGACAACUGGGUGAUCCCAAUGGUACUGUGGGCUCGCAGAAAGGUGACGUGUACGCGUUUGGUAUCAUACUUUACGAAAUAAUCGCUAGAAGAGGACCUUUUGGAUCGACGUCUUUAGAACCUAAAGAUAUAGUGGAACGUGUGAAGCGCGGUCGUCGUGGCUGUGAGGAAUCCUUCCGACCUGAUACUCGUGCUCUGGACGUUGAGGAGUACGUGAUAGGUUGUAUGAGGGAUUGCUGGGCCGAGGAUCCUGUACUACGACCUGACUUCCCAGCGAUACGCGCCCGGCUCAAGAGGAUGAAGUCCGGCAAGUCUAGGAACAUAAUGGAUCAAAUGAUGGAUAUGAUGGAGAAGUACGCGAAUAAUUUGGAAGAACUAGUCAAUGAAAGGACCAGGCUGCUGUUUGAAGAAAAACAGAAGACGGAAGACUUACUGCACAGAAUGUUGCCAGAGUCGGUCGCUCAUCGGUUGACUACAGGCGAGGGUGUGGAGCCGGAGUCGUUUGACUCUGUCACUAUAUACUUCAGUGACAUAGUCGGCUUCACGGCCAUGUCCGCUGAGAGCACUCCGCUACAGGUCGUCAACUUCCUAAACGAUCUGUACACGGUGUUUGACAGGAUCAUAAGAGGCUAUGACGUGUAUAAAGUUGAAACUAUAGGGGAUGCUUACAUGGUGGUAUCUGGCCUUCCAAUAAGAAAUAACGAUAGACACGUCGGUGAAAUAGCAUCAAUGGCGUUGGAGCUCCUCAACGCCGUGAAAACUCACAAAAUAUCUCACAGACCGAACGAAAUAUUGAAAUUAAGAAUAGGAAUACACACAGGCGCGGUGGUGGCUGGUGUGGUUGGUCUGACCAUGCCUCGCUACUGUUUGUUCGGCGACACAGUGAACACGGCUUCCCGUAUGGAGUCCAACGGGGAGCCUCUGCGCAUACACAUCUCCCCCAGCUGUAAGGUAGCUCUGGAUAAACUGGGCGGGUACAUCGUGGAGCCGCGAGGCACUAUACCUAUUAAGGGCAAGGGACAGUUGCAAACUUUCUGGCUGGUGGGCGCAACUGAGAAAGCUAUUCAGAAGCGGCCGGUGGAGGGUGAGGAGCGACCUUUGUUCUGUCGACCGAGACGAAGUCCACGUUUGACUGAUUCUAGACAUCCCUCUAUCUCUGAGCUGAAGCCGCUCGUACGACGCGCCGCGCUCGCCGCUCACGCCGCCAACACCAAGCGAGCAUUGAGUUCCAUCGCGUCGUCGACGGCGUGCGAGGGAGCGGGCGCCAUGUGUCCGGAGUCGGGUCCGCUGUCCUGUGUGUCGGCGGGUGUGGGCGCCGCGCUGCGUCCCGCCCGCUCGCUGGACGUGCUCCCGGCCCGCGAGCGUCUCCGCCGGCACUACACGACCCGCUCGCUCGACGUGGACGUGGCCAUCGCGACCGUCUCCGCGUCCCUGUACAACGGCGCCGCCCUCGUCCCUCCGGACGAGCCGCCGCGCGCCGACGAGGACAGCCCGCUGCUGCGGCAGGCGAGCCUCUGCAACAAGCUGGACCGCCCCAAGCGCAAGGUGCCCGACUCCGACUUCAUAGAGUUCUACAAAAAGUGGCGCUCGCUCGAGAACGUCGCGGACUCGAAGGGGGCCAAGAUCCCUCGUUUCGCGAUCCGCUCGUGGCUGCGCGGCAUCUUCGGCGGCGGGGGCGGCGCGCGCAGUACGUCCUCGUCCCUGCGCCGCGCGCCCCAGCUGGUCGACCGGGAGUCCGCCGUCUAG